AUGUCUCCCCAUCACAACGUCUCCCCGCCACAAAGUCUCCCCAUUACAACGUCUCCACGCCACAACGUCUCCCUGUCACAAAGUCUCCCGACACACAACGUCUCCCAACACACAACGUCUCCCUGUCACAACGUCUCCCCAUUACAACGUCUUCCCGCCACGUCUCCCCGCCACAACGUCUCCCUGCCACAAAGUCUCCCUGUCACAACGUCACCCGACACACAACGUCUCCCUGUCACAACGUCUCCCCUUACAACGUCUUCCCGCCACGUCUCCCCGCCACAACGUCUCCCUGUCACAAAGUCUCCCUGUCACAACGUCUCCCGACACACAACGUCUCCCUGUCACAACGUCUCCCCAUUACAACGUCUUCCCGCCACGUCUCCCCGCCACAACGUCUCCCUGUCACAAAGUCUCCACGCCACAACGUCUCCCUGUCACAACGUCUUCCCAUUACAACGUCUUCCCGCCACGUCUCCCCGCCACAACGUCUCCCUGUCACAACGUCUCCCCGCCACAACGUCUCCCUGUCACAACGUCUCCCCGCCACAAAGUCUCCCCACCACAACGUCUCCACAUCACAACGUCUUGCUGGUCACAUCACUCCCUAUUACAACGUCUCCCCGUCACAUGGCCUCCCUGUUACAACGUCUCCCCGUCACAACGUGUCCCUGUCACAUAGUCUCCACGCCACAACGUUUCCCUGUUCCAACGUCUCCACACCACAACGUCUCCCUGUUCCAACGUCUCCCUGUCACAUCGUCUCCCCGUCACAUGGCCUCCCUGUCACAACGUCUCCCCGUCACAUGGCCUCCCUGUCACAACGUCUCCGCGCCACGUUUCCGUGUCACACCGUCUCCCCGUCACAUGGCCUCCCUGUCACAACGUCUCCCCGUCACAUGGCCUCCGUGUCACAACGUCUCCCCGGCACAACGUCUCCCCGGCACAUGGCCUCCCUGUCACAACGUCUCCCCGUCACAUGGCCUCCCUGUCACAACGUCUCCCCGUCACAUGGCCUCCCUGUCACAACGUCUCCCCGGCACAUGGCCUCCCUGUCACAACGUCUCCCCGGCACAUGGCCUCCGUGUCACAACGUCUCCCUGUCACAACGUCUCCCCGUCACAUGGCCUCCCUGUCACAACGUCUCCCCGUCACAUGGCCUCCCUGUCACAACGUCUCCCCGUCACAUGGCCUCCCUGUCACAACGUCUCCCCGUCACAUGGCCUCCCUGUCACAACGUCUCCCCGGCACAUGGCCUCCCUGUCACAACGUCUCCCCGUCACAUGGCCUCCCUGUCACAACGUCUCCCCGUCACAUGGCCUCCCUGUCACAUCGUCUCCCCGUCACAUGGCCUCCCUGUCACAACGUCUCCCCGUCACAUGGCCUCCCUGUCACAUCGUCUCCCCGUCACAUGGCCUCCCUGUCACAACGUCUCCCCGUCACAUGGCCUCCCUGUCACAACGUCUCCCUGUCACAACGUCUCCCUGUUACAUCGUCUCCCCGUCACAUGACCUCCCUGUCACAACGUCUCCCCGUCACAUGGCCUCCCUGUCACAACGUCUCCCCGUCACAUGGCCUCCCUGUCACAACGUCUCCCUGUCACAACGUCUCCCUGUUACAUCGUCUCCCCGUCACAUGACCUCCCUGUCACAACGUCUCCCCGUCACAUGGCCUCCCUGUCACAACGUCUCCCCGUCACAUGGCCUCCCUGUCACAACGUCUCCCUGUCACAACGUCUCCCUGUUACAUCGUCUCCCCGUCACAUGA